UGUUUUGGGGGGUUUGCACUGGACAUUUAAAAAAAUGGAGAAUGUGACGGAAGGUGGAUGGGACACUUUACCUGUUAAAUUGCACCAAAGUAUUUUACAGACUCUUAGUGAACUGAGAUUUACUCACAUGACGCCAGUCCAGGCUGCUUGCAUCCCACUGUUUAUGAACAACAAAGAUGUUGCUGCAGAGGCGGUCACCGGGAGCGGAAAGACUUUAGCCUUUGUCAUUCCCAUCCUGCAGAUACUGCUAAAAAGAGAGGAGAAACUCAAGAAAAUGCAGGUUGGCGCACUGAUUGUCACGCCCACGCGUGAGUUGGCCACGCAGAUCAGUGAGGUGAUGGGACAUUUCAUCCAGCACUUCCCUCAGUUCAGACAAAUACUUCUAAUCGGAGGAAGUAAUCCUAUAGAAGAUGUGGAGAAAUUUAAAGCGCAGGGGGGCAACAUCGUGAUCGGCACGCCAGGGAGGCUGGAGGACAUGUUCCGGAGGAAGGCGGACGGCCUGGACCUGGCCAGCUGCGUCAAGACUCUGGACGUCCUGGUGCUGGACGAGGCCGACAGGCUGCUGGACAUGGGCUUCGAAGCGAGCCUGAACGCCAUCCUGGGGUACCUGCCCAAGCAGCGGCGUACGGGGCUGUUCUCCGCCACGCAGACCCAGGAGCUGGAGAAGCUGGUGAGGGCCGGGCUGCGCAACCCUGUGCGCAUCACCGUCAAGGAGAAGGGCGCGGCGGCCAGCAGCGUGCAGAAGACCCCCGCCAGGCUGCACAACUACUACACUGUCUGCAGGACAGAGGAGAAGUUCAACAUGCUGGUGGCUUUCCUCCGUCAGCACAAGCACGGGAAGCACCUGGUGUUCUUCAGCACCUGCGCCUGUGUAGAGUAUUAUGGAAGAGCCCUGGAAGCUUUGGUUAAAAAUGUCAAGGUGCUCUGUAUCCACGGAAAGAUGAAGGAUAAGCGUCAUAAAAUUUUUAAAGAGUUUCGGGACCUGAAAAGUGGGAUCCUGGUGUGCACAGACGUCAUGGCCAGAGGGAUUGACAUUCCCGAGGUCAACUGGGUCUUACAGUACGACCCCCCCAGCAGUGCCAGUGCCUUUGUGCAUCGCUGUGGGCGUACCGCCCGCAUCGGCCACCAGGGCAGCGCUCUCGUCUUCCUCCUCCCCAUGGAAGAGUCUUACGUCACUUUCCUGUCCAUCAACCAGAAAUGCCCCCUCCAGGAGAUGGCCCCGGUGAAGGAUGUGGUCGAUGUCCUGCCCAAGCUGAAGGCCAUGGCGCGGGCGGACAGGGCGGUGUUCGAGAGGGGGAUGAGGGCGUUCGUCUCCUGCAUUCAGGCGUACGCCAAGCACGAGUGCAGCCUCAUCUUCAGGGUCAAAGAUCUGGACUUCUCUGCUCUGGCGCGGGGGUUUGCUUUGCUGAGGCUGCCCAAGAUGCCCGAGCUGAGGGGCAAGGCUUUCCCGGACUUCACCCCCGACCCCAUCGACACGGACUCCAUCCCGUACAAGGACAAGAACCGGCAGAGGCAGAGGAGGAAGAUGCUGGCGGAGCAGAAGGAAAGGGAGCAAGCUCAGCCCGUCAGGAAGAUCUUCGUCAAGAACAAAGCCUGGUCCAAACAGAAAAGCAAGAAUGACAGGAGGAAAAAGGUGGCGGCCAAAAGAAAGAGAGAGGAGGGCUCAGACAUUGAAGACGAAGACAUGGAUGAGCUGCUCAGCGACACCAGACUGCUGAAGAAGCUCAAGAAGGGCAAGAUCAGCGAGGAGGACUUUGAGAAGCAAGUGACAGCUGCGCGUGUUUCACAGUCCAAAACGGCAGGCAAGCAACAAGAGGAAGAUUCAGAGACAGACUAAGAGUGAACAAUGGUUAGAAUUUGAUCCUAGUUGCAAAAAAAAUUGUAAAAUUGAAAAACAAAUGACAGAAGAACUGCCUUUUUCCCUGAGCUGAGUGACGACUUUUCAAAAUCUUCUCAGGGAUGCAGCUUUUUAAUCAAAGUAAGACCAAGUUGCAGUCAUGGUAAAGUAGAAGACACUUCAGAGAAAUAUUUCACAUGCUCUUCAGAACCUUUUCGGUUUGUCACCUGGAAGCAACUUAAACAGCUGAAGCUCAGAUCCUGUGUUGUUAUACUGGCUUCUUAAGGAGAGUCUGUUCAUUCAUUGAUGCCUUUUUUAAAUUGAUGUAAAAUUGCUUGACUGCAUACAACAGUGUUUAUUUCCCUGCUACCUCCUGCACAGGGCUUAUUGUUAACCAUAACCAUAUUGUUGAAGCUGACACUUUGAGGAAAUGGCUACCAUGGGAUCAAUUAGCAACUGUUGUAGGUGGGCUGAAUGAACCACUUGUUUGCCAGCAACUACAGUAUAUCAUCCUGCAACUCAUUACUGGCAGCCCACUGAAGCUCAGCAGGUGUGAGCCUGGCCAGCAC